UUGAGAUGCGUGGUGAGAGCGAUGCCACCGUGGAACUGGACGGGAAUGGUUACGAUCAGCAGCAGCAGAAUCAUCAUCAUCAUCAGCAGCAGCAGCAGAAUCAUCAUCAUCAACAACAUCAGCAAUCGCCGGCCAGUACACCGAGGGUUCUGAACAGCUUCGUGGCGGAGGUGCCCAGCGACCCGAAGCGGCGUCCCUACUUCAGCGACGGCAGGCGGCGCGUGGACUUCGUGCUCGCCUACAACUACAAGAAGCGUGGCGGCCUGGGCCCCAACAACAACGACGAUGGCGGCGGCGGUGGCGGCGGCGGCGGCGAGGGCCUCCCCGCGGGCGGCCGCAGGGACGCGAGGCCCCGCCGGCUGCCCGGGGGUGCCGCCGGCGCCGCCGCUUCCCGGGAGGAGGAGGCGGCGACGGCGGAGGAGGUGAACGAGGAGGCGAAGCAGAGGAGGAGGGAAGAGUUCGAGAAGAAUUUGAUGGACACGGGCCUGGAGGUGGAGAAGGACGAUGAGGUAGAGGCCCCCACCUGUGCCAGGGAGUUGCUCAUGCGAUUGCACGCUAAGUCUAUCCUAAUGCGCCUACCACGGAUGGACCAAGACCCGGCGAAGACCCAUGGACAGGCGUUUGUGCGGAUCCACGCGCCCUGGAACGUGCUGGCGCGAGAAGCGGAAUUCCUCAAGAUCAAAAUGCCCACCAAGAAGGUGUACGAGAUCAAGCCGGCGUCAGGCGUGCUGCACAAGGCAGCGGCCGUGUGGCACAAGGUGACACGCGGCCUGCUGCCCCGCGUGCCCGAGACGCAGAGCAGCCUCGUCAAGCACCUCUCCUUCCCCUUCUCCCGCGAGAAGCAACACAUGUUCAACAUCACAGACAAGGACACGUUCUUCAACAGCGCCACUCGCAGUCGCAUCGUGCACGAGAUUCUCAAGAGGACCACGUGCAACAAGGCCAAGUACAGCAUGGGCGUCAACAGCCUGCUGGCGAAUGACGUGUACGACGCUGCCUACCCCCUGCACGACGGCGAUGAACACGACGACGAAGGCCUGGAGUCCAACGAUCGUAAGCUGCUGCACAGUGAAUGGGCGAGCUACGGAGUCUUCUACAAGUACCAGCCCAUCGAGCUCAUCAGGAAGUACUUUGGGGAGAAGAUUGGGCUGUACUUUGCGUGGCUCGGGGUCUACACGGAGCUGCUCAUCCCGGCGUCGCUCAUCGGCGUCAUCGUCUUCCUGUACGGGUGCGCCACCAUCGACGAGAACAUUCCCAGCAUGGAGAUGUGUGACGACCGCAAUAAUUUCACGAUGUGCCCCCUGUGCGACCGUGCCUGCAACUACUGGCGCCUGAGCACCGUGUGUGGCACUGCACGAGCCAGCCACCUCUUCGACAACCCCGCCACUGUCUUCUAUGCCAUCUUCAUGGCGCUGUGGGCCACCACCUUUCUGGAGCAUUGGAAGAGGCGACAGAUGAGGCUGGACUACAGCUGGGACCUCACAGGGCUGGAGGACGAGGAGGAGUUGGUCAAGGACCACCCUCGCCCCGAGUACGAAGCCAAACUCCUCGACAAGAAAAUGCAAAGCGACUUCAACAAGCGACAGGAGCAGAGGGCCCUGGACCAGCCGAGCGUCGUGGCUAAUCUGUGGAAGGCUAGGGUGCAGUCGGCCCUGGCCGGGGGAAUCCUGGACGAGGAGCUGAAGCUGACGUGGAGAGAUCGACUUCCCAGCUACGCCAUCAACUUCUCCUCUAUCCUCUUCAUGAUCGGGCUGACGUUUGCGAUCGUGUUUGCGCUCAUUGUGUACCGCAUCUCGGUGUCGGCGGCGCUGGCCGUGAGCACAAACGCGUACCAGCGCGCCAACAACCGCGUCAUCGUCACCUCGACCGCCGUCGUCAUCAACCUCAUCAUCAUCCUCAUCCUGGACGAGAUCUAUGGCUCCGUGGCACGCUGGCUCACGCAGAUCGAGGUGCCCAAGACUGACAAGGAGUUUGAGGAGCGAUUGAUCUUCAAAUCGUUUCUGCUCAAGUUCGUCAACUCGUACACCACCAUCUUCUACGUCGCCUUCUUCAAGGGGCGGUUUGUGGGGAGACCAGGAAACUACGUGUACGUCUUCCCCGGUCAUCGCAUGGAGGAGUGUGCCCCGGGCGGCUGUCUCAUGGAGCUCUGCAUCCAGCUCAGCAUCAUCAUGCUCGGCAAGCAGCUCAUCCAGAACAACCUCUUUGAGAUCGGCAUCCCGAGGAUGAAGAAGCUGCUGCGAAGCCUACGCAAGAAGGAGGUGCUGCACCUGCACCACCACCACCACGGCGGCGGCGACGGCGACUCCGAGGGGCUCCCCAAGCGCCGCUGGGACCUGGACCACGAACUGGACCCCUACGCCGGCCUCACCCCCGAGUACAUGGAGAUGAUCAUCCAGUUUGGCUUCGUGACGCUGUUCGUGGCGUCCUUCCCACUGGCGCCGCUCUUUGCGCUGCUCAACAACGUCAUCGAGAUCCGCCUGGACGCCAAGAAGUUCGUCUCCGAGCUGCGGAGACCCACGGCCGUGCGCGCCAAGGACAUCGGAAUCUGGUUCAACAUCCUCUCCGGCAUCGGGAAACUCAGCGUCAUCACAAACGCGUUUGUGAUCUCGACCACGUCGGACUUCAUCCCGCGGCUCGUCUACCUGUACAUGUACAGCGCGGACGGCACCAUGCGGGGCUUUGUGGACCACACGCUGUCGCAUUUCAACGUCAGCGACUUCGCCGAGGGCACCGGCCCGGCCGGCGACGUCGGCACGGGGGGCGACGCGGAGGUCCUCUCCUGCAGGUACAAGGACUACCGCGACCCGCCGGGCUCGGAGCGGCCGUACGACACCAACAAGCAGUACUGGGCCGUCAUGGCCGCCCGCCUCGCCUUCGUCAUCAUCUUCCAGAACCUCGUCAUGUUCCUGAGCAAUGUCCUCGACUGGCUCAUCCCCGACAUCCCCAAGGACAUCGCGGACUGCCUGAAGAAGGAGCGAACUCUCAUCGUCGCCACCUUCCUCAAGGAGGAGCAGGAGAAGAUGCAGCUCCUGGGAAACCUGGGCCAGAACAAGGAUGGACGCGAGCGACGAGGUGGUGGAGGUGGAGGAGGAGGCGGAGGAGGAGGCGGAGGCGGAGGAGGUGGCGACCCGCUCGAAUCGUCCCAGCGGGAACUGGGGGACUCGUCGUGGGAGGGAGCGGAGAGGGCCAGCAACCAGCAGCACAACGGCAGCAGCGUGGGGGCCGGGCGCGAGCGGGCGGAGAGCCCCGCCGGGGGGAGGGACGGGGGGGGGCUCGAGCCGGCGGAGGGGGGGGUGGGGGUCGACGAGCGGGGGGGGCACCGCCCCAGCAACGCCUCCUGCAGCGCGCAGCACACCGUUGUGUAGGGGCACGCACGGGCACACGGGCACGCACGGACACGCGGACACGGGCACACGAGUGGGCACGGGCACACGAGUGGG